AUGCUCCGAUUUAUUACUCGACGACGGGGCGAUGGCCCAGUCAUGAUUGCAGGAACAGGCCCUGUCCUGGUUAAGCACAGAGAGCCACCCACCCAGAGCGCCGGGAAUAGUCGCUAUAUCGGCACUGACUGGCGGCCAGCGUUCGAGGAGAAGAGCCGAGACCUGGCGUACAGUUCCCAGGUGCUGCAGGACCAGAGGAGUAUCUCGAACGGCAUGAAAAUGGGAGAAGCCUACCAUGGGUGCGCCCAAGACUCGCGUGGACCCCGAGAUAUGUACAACACGACCGCCAUCGGAAAGGGUUACUACAUGAAGGCAAUGAACCCCGGCGCGGACAUCUGUGCUUCCCGCGUCCAGGAAGCUCAGAAGGAACGGAUAGAAACCCUUAGUCGCGGUAUCAGAGACGGUGGGCAGUCGGGAGAAGGGCAUGUUGACGAGCUCUAUCUCGUGCGCAACUGGGCUGCGCCGCUCCGGGGUAAAUAUCAGCAGGCCGCGGUAUGGGGCCAGCCGGAGAAGCAGCCGGGGCCAGCAGCAGAGCCAAUGACUUAUGACGAGAUGGACCUCGACAGCCCGGAGAGCCCGAGGGAAGACGGGUCUGAAGAUUGGCACUCUGACGUGUCAACUCUGACAAGUGAAAUCGACGCGGGCCAUAGGGAUUCUGAAGGCGAGUAUGUUGACCCUUUGCAGGAAGAGAAACAACAAGAAGAGGAGGAGGAGGAGGAUGAUGAUGAAGAGGAAGAAGACGAGUUGUCAAGAUAUUCACAAGAUUCUCUCGCUGAUCUGAAGCAACCCGGAAGUGAGCCAGCAAGACUAGAAGAGACAAGGUCAAGAUUGGAAGAAACGAAGCUAGGACUGUCCGAUGGAUAUGAAGGCGACGAGGCAGAGCCCCCAGAGUCAUGCCUGAAGAAGCUUCAGUCGAGCUUGCUUGGCCUUUUGCGUCUCUCACACGGGACACGACGCCAGGACAGACGUCGACGCCCAACGGCUGCCGAAAAGGGCAAGUGGGCGGCGAGGUGUGCUUGUGCCGGGUGUCAGCGACGGCGGGGGGGAAGCGUGCGGUUCGACCCGAGCGCGAUGGAUAAGGCUGAGGAUGGGCCAGGGCUCAGCUACGAAGGGUUCGUCAAGAGGAUGAGGGACCACAGGAAGACGGCGAUGGAGGCAGACCCGGUGGGCGAGGGCUGCAGCUCGUGGGCGAUGGAGAUGGAGAGUGCUGGUCCCGGCGGGCUGGCCGAGCCGGUCGGGCAGGGCAUGUUUACAAAUCCGAGGCCGGCGCCCCGUCUGCCUGUGCCUAUGCCUCUGCCAUUGCCUGUGCCUGUUUUUGUGAUUGGCAGGAGGGAGAGCGCCCGCAAGACCAGGAUCAACAGGCGCGAUAUCAGCGAGCCCGUGCAGCUGGAGCAGACGACCUGGCCAAUGGAGCCCACUGGGGCCGGGCUCGAAGCUGCAGGUGGUCACACAGCUGACGAGACGAGCCGUCGGAAGGCGCGGGGGGGAUUGUCGAAGCGGUUAUUAAGGUGGUGGUGA